GCAGACUCUGUGAUGAAAUUAAAAAUGCAUAAAAAAGACAAUUUACUUUGACAGUGAAGCAACGCGUGCUGCGGGGAGAAUAUUAAAUACUGUGGCAACUUGUGGAUUUAGUUGCAGUCUCUCCGCAGCUCUGCACAUGAGUAGUUCAAGGGCGCUCCCAAGUUUCUGAUGCCAACAAGUUUUUUACUCCGACCCUCCACCCGCAGCCAGUGAUCAUGUUGGAUAAAUGUGGACUGCAGAGCGCCGGUGUGCCCGUCUCCAGCGCGGACCUCCAGCUUAAACUAACGGACAACAAGAGUAGCCUGGCCGCAGCCGGGAUGGGGAUGGAGAACGGCACUGGGAAGAGACUCAUAGAGAUAACUGGACCGGCUUUAUCCAAAAGAAAACUUCUGGUCGGUUUAGACCUCCUCUGCCUCUUCCUUGCUUCCAUCCCUUUCUUUGCAUGUGAACUGAAGGCCAUGAGACCUUACAGAAGGGGCUUCAUGUGCGGCGACCCCAGCAUCACCUAUCCUUACCUGCACCGAGAGGCCAUACCAGACGAGUUACUCAUUGCCGGUGGCAUCAUCAUCACCGGCCUCACUAUCGCCCUCGGGGAGUGUUACCGGGUUCGUUUCAGAGGCGUCAGCUCCAAGGCCUUUGUCAAGAACCUGUAUGUGUCCUGCCUGUACAAGGAGCUGGGCUGCUUCCUGUUCGGUUGCUGUGUUGGCCAAUCACUGACCAACAUGGCCAAACUAAGUGUCGGGCGGCUGCGACCACACUUCCUGUCUGUGUGUGGUGUCACAUACGCGUCGCUAAACUGCACCCCUGGCACCUACGUUGCAACCGUGAACUGCCACCAGCCUGACCACCGGUUGGAGGAAGAGGCCAGGAAGUCCUUCUUCUCUGGUCAUGCUUCCUUUGCAAUGUAUACAAUGCUCUAUUUAGCGUUUUACCUGCAGGCACGGUUGACAUGGCGUGGGGCUCGGCUGCUGAAGCCGGCACUGCAGUUCUUCCUGGUUCUGCUGGCAGUCUACACAGGUCUGACCCGCAUCUCAGACUACAGGCACCACCCAUCUGAUGUGCUAACAGGCUACAUACAGGGAGCCCUCACUGCUUACUGGGUGGCCUUCCACAUCUCGUCCAUGUUUAAAACCUCGAGUUCAGAUCUGUCUCCAACUGAGACCCUGGACAGCCCCUUGUCCCCCCACCAUACUGUCUGCUAAACCUCACCUCCACCAACCUUUGCCUGUACCAGCCACCUGCUGCCUGAUGUCUGGUUAGGAUAGACAAGAGAUUUGAAGAAUGUGAGACCAUUUCCCGUAAAGUCAAACCACAUACCUCAGUAUUCGGACAGAGUGUGUGUGUGAGAGAGAGAGAGAGAGCGUAGAGCUUGUGAGAGAAUGUAUGUGACCCAUAAAAGAAAACAAGUGAACUGAGAGAAAGGAAGAGGGAGGGUACUGAGGAUAAUCAACCCUUUGUCCUUGUGACUGACCGUAACGUCACAUGUGAUACACCUGUGAGAGGAAUCCUGAGCACACAGAAACCACUACCGCUCUAUACGUCAUCUGUAAAUAUAUACUGAUUUUGUACAACUCAAAUGAUACUGUAAAGCACGUUUUGAUUUCCAUGUUAGUAUUAUUAAUUACCACUUUGCAAUGAUUUGGCACGUAGGAUGUAAUAUAUUUUUUACAAAUGUGAUAUAUGUUGUAGCUAUUUUUAUUAAUUUUUACAUAAACCCAGUGAAUGUAAUGGUGUUGAAGGAAAGCACAGUGAGAAAGCAACUGAUUGUUGUACUACUAAGAAAAAGUAGGUUGUGUCCGUCCUGUUUCAAUUCUGUGAGCAGUGUGUUGUACAUGUAGUUUAUUAAUGAGAGAAUGAGUAUGAAAAUGUCUACACAAUAUAUAUGUAUAUAUAUGUAUAUAUACACACAUAUAUAUAUAAAGCAUGUUUGAAAAGUACAGACGCUACUAGCUCUCUGAAAAAAUUUUUUAUAAAGCUUUUUUGUUACUAGACUACUUAC